GCUAUUGUCUGCUCAAUAAAUUAGGACUUAACAGAAAAGCAUCUAAUAUGACUGAAUAUCUGUUCAAAAUUGCAAAUACAGUAUCAUUCAAGUAAUUUCUGCUAACCACAUAACUGACAUCACAAUUUAUUCAAACUUGAUUCAAACUAUGGCCGUCGUCGUUCCCAAGGUUCCUAUAGAUAAUUUAGAUACGUUCCUCCAUUUACUAAAGCAUUUUAAAUAGAACGACCGACAGCCACAAGCAUAAACGUACGAAUCUCCAUCCUCAUUUUUCUGACGUGAGACUGGUCAUGGUGUUAGUUCGAUGCAUAAGCAUUUAUUUACAUCCUAAGGGCAGUAACAGUAUUCGUGGUAUUGAUCGCUUCUGAGGAAAGUCACAUGGACGUAAAGAGGAAAUGAGCCAAAAGAUACUCAAAUGAGGCAAGUCACUUGCGGUGCUCAUUCGAAGAAAUUAAAUAAAAAACUCAAGAUGAAGAAAGUGACUCGAGACCCUGGACUCUGGAAUGACUGUGGAGUCCCAAUCUUGUAAAACAAACAUUGGACUGAGUUAAUAUUCAAUAUAAUUUUGACUUCAAUCUAAAUAGUACGAAGUGGGACAGCCAGAGGUGAUGUGAAGAUCUUAAACUUUCAUUUAGCCAUGAAGUCUGUCAGAACAUAUGUUGUUACCAGAUCCCCAUUCCCAACAUCUCCUUCGGAGAGUGGGGCGGCACCUGUGAAGAUUCUGGAGAUGAAGGGCCGUGUGAAGGUCCUUGGGACACCUCUGAAGAGCCAGGCGACACCCAUGAAGAGCCAGGCGACACCUAUGAAGAGCCAGGCGACACCUAUGAAGAGCCAGGCGACACCUAUGAGGAGCCGAAAAACAUCUCUGAAGAGUCGUAAGACAUCUCUGAAUAGUCGGGAGACAUCUCGCAAAAGCUGGGUGACACCUCUGGAGAGUCAGGAGACACAUCUGGAGAGUCAAGCAGCGCGUUGGAAGAGUUGGGAGACGCCACAGAAGAGCAAGGUUGUUAAGCCUGUAAAGGAACAACACUCUCCCCACAAUGCAGUGCCGUCACAGUCGCCCACCACGGAGAUGGUUAUCAUGACUGAUCAGCGGCGCAACACGGUCGCGCCGUCCACCAUCCUGCGGGCCAAGGCGGCCCGCUGCGCGCCGCCCGACGUCGACCCGGUGGCGGAGGCGCUUGAGCUCAUUCGGGCCGACAUGCUGGCACAGAUAAGCUCGGGCGCCGACGGCGCGAGCCAGCCGGCGCCCAAGGAGCCGGUCACCAUCUGCCUGAGCGAGGCGGCCACCCAGCCGUGCUCGCCGCCGUCGCCGCUCGUGCACCGCUCCCGGUCACCGUCCCCGCUGGGCGACCCCGGCGGCCGGUCCAUUUUCCCCGACGACAUUGAGGACUACCGGCUGCGGGUGCGCCGCGGCGGCUCGGGGCGCAGCAUCACGGACCGGUUCGGCGAGCUGCUGCAGCGGCAGGCCGCCGUCGACCAGCUGCAGCGCCAGCUGCGCCAGCAGACCUACGAGAUGUGCGAGGAGGCGCGGCGCCAGGAGGCGGCCGCCGACGCCCAGCGGCGCGGCCAGUACGACCGGUCGGUGGAGCCGCCGGCGCCGCUGCCGCCCACCACCGCCGCCGACACGCUGCUGGUGCUGCGCGAGCACGGCUGCUGCGGCCCGGCCGACAUGUGCCUCACGCCGCCCGACCUGCCCGACGCGCUGGCGCUCAUCCACCGGCUGCGCUGCGAGGUGCUGGAGCUGCGCGCCUGCUCGCUGCGGACAGCCUACGAGAAGAACGAGGUGGCGGCGCAGCUCAACAAGGAGCGUGCGCAGCUGCGCAGAAAGUUCACCAGCGCCCAGGUGGACCGGCUGACGGGCGGCAAGAUACGCGGCGUCUGGGCGGCCGAGGACGUGCGGCGCGCCAUCGCCGCGCGCCGGGUGCUCUCGCGCCGCCAGUACCGCUACAUCACGGACGUGCUGCACGUGCCGCUGCCCUCCCUGAAGCUGCGCAACAAGGCACUCAAGACGAGCGAGGAGACCCGCCAGCUGUACGAGCAGUUGGUCGCCGAGAAGACGCUGGCCUACCGGACAAAGAAGGGGCGCACAGUGCGAAAGGCGCCGACGCCGAGCGUGGCGGCCGCGGCGUCGCCCAGGCGGCACCAGGACUGCAUCAUAAUGGUGGCGUCGGACUCGAGCGGGUCGGAGGGCGAGGAGAUGGACGUCUAGGCGCGGCUCACGCGCGGGCCUCCGUGCGCCGAUUAUGAUGAGUUGAUGUGCAUGGUGUAAUUCAAGUGCGAGGCACGACCGACUGGUGGGAAUCGUGGCAUUUUAAACGUUUCUCGUGUAUGUCUCGUAGCUCAACAUGUGUGUUAUCGAAGCAGGUAGUGACGUAUUGUUUUCCAAGUCGCUAACCGUACAAUGUCAUCUCAUGUUACCGGUCGUGCGGGCUUUCAUCGCCAGCGGUAAUCUAUUGAAUGAGACUAGAGAGCCAUUCGUCCAGUCAGCUGACAUGAGCUCACCCAUCUCUAUUGCCAGAGCCAUGUUGUGGUGUAUUUGUUUACUGAGGUCAUCGUGUUCCCCUCCUGUUGGCCGUCAUAUUGAUUGGACUGGGCCAUUAGGCGAUUAAAUCAUGUUCCGUUGCGUUCCUUGAAUAUAAUGUUGACUGUUA